CUCAUCCCCGGACACGAGGCGGUCGGAAGCAUCGUCAAGAUGGGCUCCAAGGUCGACCAGUCCAAGUUCAAGAUCGGUGACCGUAUCUGCGCCGAUGUUGGCAUUCAGUGCACCCGGUGCCACUACUGCCGGCGCGGCCAGACGCUCAUGUGCGAGAACAUGACCGCCGCCGGUGUGCAGACGGACGGUGGCUUUGCCGAGUACAUCAAGUACCCACAGGAGAAGUGCUUCGUGAUCCACAACCUGUCUGACGAGGACGCCACUCUACUCGAGCCUGCUUCGUGCGCCGUUCACGGCAUGGACAAGCUCCAGAUGCCGUUCGGCGCCAGCGUGCUUCUCAUCGGUGCGGGCCCCACCGGUCUCAUUCUCGCGCAGCUUAUGAAGCUCGGCGGUGCGUCCAAGGUCACCAUUGCUGCCAACAAGGGUAUCAAGAUGGACCUUGCACGCAAGAUUGGAGCCGCGGACGAGUACAUUGACUUGGACCGCGAGAACGCCGACGCGCAGUGGGAGCAGAUCAAGAAGGACAACCCGUACGGCUUUGACGUUGUUGCCGAGUGCACGGGUGUGCAGAAGAUUGUUGACAUGGCCAUCAACUAUGUGGCGCGCUCGGGCACUCUUCUCGUGUACGGCGUGUACGAGGGCGACGCGAAGGUCAACUGGUCGCCGGGCAAGAUCUUCGGUGAUGAGAUCCGCAUCAUCGGUUCGUUCUCGCAGGUAUACUGCUUCCCGCGCGCGGUCGCGUUCCUCGACUCGGGCAAGGUCAACGUCAAGGGCAUGGUGACGGACGUGUACACCAUUGACCAGUGGCAGGAGGCGCUUGACAAGAUGAACUCGCGCAAGGCGCUCAAGAUCGCCAUCCGCCCCAACUAGGCGGUAGGCGGCAUCGGCCGAGAAUCUAGUCGUGGCUAGCAGCAAAACGCAUGGACGGAGGCAUGUUUCGAUAGGGUAGUUGUGCAACAGCAGAUGUAGCAUUGUCUGGCAG